CGCCGCCACCGAAGCAGCGGCCGACGACGACGUGCGUGGAGCGCAUCGCAGUGCACGAGCGGGACUCGCUUGUCCGACCGACAAUGACAACGUGCUAACCGUUUUUGCCGAUUCGGGAGCCAUGGCGAACAUCGCGGCGCAGCGAAUCAAACGGGAAUUCAAAGAGGUUAUAAAGAGCGAGGAGAUAGCAAAAUGUGCGAUUAAGGUUGAACUGGUCAACGAUAGUCUUACUGAAUUAAGGGGUGAGAUUGCAGGUCCACCCGACACGCCAUAUGAAGGUGGUAACUUUGUGCUCGAGAUCAAAGUUCCCGAGACAUAUCCAUUCAAUCCUCCCAAAGUACGUUUCAUAACAAAAAUAUGGCAUCCCAAUAUAUCUUCCGUCACAGGUGCCAUAUGUUUGGAUAUUUUGAAAGAUCAAUGGGCUGCCGCGAUGACUUUGCGUACAGUUUUGCUGUCAUUACAAGCGUUGUUGUCUGCAGCAGAGCCCGAUGAUCCUCAGGAUGCAGUAGUUGCUAAACAAUAUAAAGAACAUCCUGAAUUGUUUCGUCAAACUGCCACACAUUGGACCUUUGUAUAUGCAGGUGGGCCAGCGAAAAUGCCUGAUUUAGAUGACAAGAUAAGAAGAUUAACAGAUAUGGGAAUUGAGGAACAUAAUGCGAGAGUCGCUCUAUCUUCGUAUAAUUGGGACUUGGAACGCGCCACCGAGCACUGCCUUUUCAAUGAAAAUGCAGCACAAGAGCAAAUGCAAGUAGAGGAACAAGCACAAAUAGAAGAACUUCAAUAGGAGUUUCAAGGAUUUUUAUAAUCAUUCAAUCAAGUUUAGUUACUAUUCAAUCAACUUAAUAAACACUGAUGAGCUGAUGUAUUUUUACAGAUUUAAUGGAUUAUGCAACAUAAUAUAAAUAAUCUCAUUAAUUUAGAAGCAGUUCGUCUUCUUGAAGAAAUUGAAAUAAGAGCUAUUGUAAGGCGAUUAUUCUUAUGUAAGAAAUGAUUCUUUCGAUUAUCCAAUAAGGACUUUAUUCGAUUAUAUUAAUAAAAGAAUUGCUGAAAAUGUAAUUAAUAUAGCGUCUCAUGCAGCACAAAUGUUCAAAAUAUAUCACAUAUCCUGAAGAUACCAUCAAUCAAUAUCUUUCGUAUAAGUUAGAUUGUCGUGUAUAUAAUAUUGUACUAAUAAAAUAAAUCCGUCUCGCUAUAAAACCUAUGAAACUAUGUUUCAUGAUUUUACUUUCCAUGCAUCCAAGUUACAUACAUAUCGCUAUACGUGAAAAA